AUGCAUGGUAUAUACGAUGUCAUUGCUGGGCCUGUGCGGUUGCCGAAGAAGCAAGUACAAGCCGCGUUACCAGACGAUGUGACGCUGCUGCCGUUGCCGAGCUCUUUCGGCCUAGGCGACGAUGAGCACAUUGUCCUGCUGCUGCUCGGGCGGCAGCAGAAGGUCGGCAUCAUGCUGACGAGCGUGCUCGGUCUACAUAUGCAAGAAUGCAAGAUCGAAGUCCCCUACUGCUGUCAUCCGAGUCUCAAGGGGAUGCGCUCCGGCGGCUCGUCUGAUCGAGAUAUGGCCUCGAUGCCUUAUACUUACAAGCACACGGUCAUCUUUGACUCAACAAUGCUUGCAAAGUCUGGCAACGUCACGCCAGGUCUGCAUUGUCUCUCGACUUCGUUCACUCCCCCGCGAGCACCAACAGAGUCUGUCGCUGUCGAUGAUCACCUUCAAUAUGAUGCCAUGAAUGUCCUCGUAGCCGAUCUCAAGCUUGCAGAUGCGCCGAGCACUUCCUCACCUCGUGUCACGUGCGAAGAAACAGUCAAGAUGAUGCAAGGUCCAUGGUGGCAUCAGAAGAUGGGUGCGAAAGCUAGCCGAUUCGAGUUCGAUCUGGAGAACCCACUUCUGCCCGUGAAACGAUACCAGGGCAGUAUCAAGAUCAAUGCUGCGCUCCUGACGCCUGCAGUAUCUAGCAAUGUCUUGUCAUCAAAGCCGACGUGGCUCGAGCUCGAUGAAGUUAUGGCGUUCCGGUUCAAAGCGAAUUGGGCGAGCUUUGGUCCAGAUCUCGCCAAGAAUAUGCUCAUGUAA